AUGGACGUCGAAAUCAAGGGCGUGUCAGCGAAACACCAUGGCUCGGCCGCACAGAUCACUGUCUCGGAAUUGGAUCAUCAAGCUCCCGUUACGUUCGUCGGAGAUCGCGGCGAGGAGCAGCCACGCACCUACCGUGCUGGUGAAGCGGUGCUGGGUAAAAAGCUGAGCACGCUUGGAGCCGUUGCUCUGGCCUAUACUUCGCUCUCGACCUGGAUUGCGUAUUCGGCCAGCGCGGCCACUGCGUUGGCUAGCGGAGGUGCCAAUGUGCUCGUAUGGGGUAUGCUCAUUGUCGGAUUUGGAAACAUGGCUGCUGCUAUCACUAUAGCGGAGCCUGCAUCGCAAUUCCCCAGCGCUUCUGGUCAAGCUGCAUGGGUUUAUCGGCUUCAUGGCCGUUUCCUUUCGUACGUGACUUCUUGGGCCGUAUUGCUGGGGUACGUGUUUCUCAGCGUUGCUGGCCAGCUGAUCACGUCGACGAUCCUGCUAGCGAUGAUCAACCUCACCUUUCCGUCGUAUGUGAUCGAGAGAUGGCACGUUUCGGUGUGUUGCAUCGCAGCAGCUGUUUUCGCCUUUGCGAUUUCGAGCUUUGCAGCCAAAUUGGUGUCACGCCUAAACGUGUUUGCGUUCACGUGGUCGGUGGUGGGUUUGCUCGUUGUGGUUCUUACCCUGCUCAUCCAGUCUCGAGGCAGCUACAACACGGUCGAGUUUGCGCUGGUCGAUAUCACGAACCUGUCGGGAUGGGGCGACAACUUUGUUCCGUGGGUGCUAGGACUUUCGCAAGCUGCGUUGGCGACCACGGCGAUGGAUGCGCCGAGCCACUUUUCGGAAGAGAUGGCCGAUCCAUCACGUCAGGUGCCGUUGGCCAUCUUUGGCGGGCUGGGGGUGAGCGUCUCGGUGACGUUGGGAUACGCAUUCGUGCUCGUCUUUACGCUACCUCAACUCGAAGACAUUAUCUCAACACCGACUGGGUUCCCGUUUGCCGAGAUCCUUCGCAUCAAGACGUCGCGAUCAGGAGCGAUUAUUUUGCUACUGAUCCCCCUGAUCUCGUUCUUGAUUACCAUGGCGGAUGUGGUGAUGGCCACGAGUAGGUGCAUCUACGGCUUUUCUCGGCAACGCGGAUUUCCAUUCUCGAGCUACUUUGGUACCAUCAACGCCAGCUUUGACUCGCCGAUACGUGCUGGUCUGGUGGUGUUGAUCAGCCAAAGCCUGAUUUGCUUGAUCUACAUUGGCAAUACGGCAGCUUUCAAUGCACUCGUCUCGGCACCUACGCAACUGCUGGCAGUGUCUUACUCGAUUGUUGCCUACGUCUGCCUUGUCUCGAGAUGGAAGGCAGGCAAACAAAGAGCAUUGACCGGCACUGACAAGACAGGCAGCGUCGGUACCAACUCGCCGGGCUCAGAAUAUGAAAGUGCAUGGAAUCCACCGUUCAAGAUGCCGACGUGGCUGACUGUCUCAGCCAACGUGACCACCAUCGUCUUUACGGUGCUGCUCUGCGUUUUUCUUUCACUGCCGCCGACGUACCCUGUGACGAGCGCCAAUAUGAACUACACUUCGGUGUUUUUGGUGGGCAGCUUUGUCUUUCCAGCCGUGUGUUGGAGCCGCUACAAGGGAGUAUACAAAGGACCGCUGGUGCAUUGA